AUGCUGCUCCGGGGACGGCGUCUCCUGCGCUCCUGCCAGCGACUGUUCACGGGGAAGCUGCUGCUGCUGACCAACACUGUGAGCUCUGGAGCUCUGCUGGGAGCUGGGGACACCCUGCAGCAGCUCUGGCACCGCAGGCAGCACCCUGAGAGCCAACACCAACUGGCCAGGACAGGUCGCAUGUUUGCCGUGGGUUGCUCUAUGGGUCCUGUGAUGCACUACUGGUACCUCUGGCUGGACUCAGCAUUCCCUGCCCGUGGUGUCAGGAGCCUCAAGACUGUACUGAAGAAGGUCUUCAUUGACCAGCUGGUGGCAGCUCCUGGUCUGGGGGUUUGGUACUUCCUAGGCAUAGGCACCCUGGAAGGUCAGUCCCUAAAGGAGAGCUGGGAUGAGCUGAAGGACAAAUUCUGGGAAUUCUACAAGGCUGACUGGUGUGUGUGGCCUGCAGCUCAGCUCCUCAACUUCCUCUUCAUCCCUCCCACCUACCGAGUGGUCUAUGUCAACGUGGUCACCCUGGGCUGGGACACUUACCUGUCUUACCUCAAACAUCGGCCUGGAAAUCCUCCAAGAGCCAAGCAGGACUUGUCAGUGGAAAACCAGCACAGAGCCAAGGAGUAG